AUGACCGCGCUCACAAUUGCAACUAAACUAUCGUGUCAUACUAGAAGCGCGCACAAGGCACAAGAAUUGUUUAGUCGCAUCAUGGAUUUUGUCGAGAUAGCUGCAGUAUGUGCUCUCGAGUUAAAAAGAAGGAAGACAAUAAAAAAGAAGAAGAAAUAUUGGGUACAUCCUAUAACUUCACAGCGAUUAUUGAAAGGACAGUUUUAUAAACUUCACAAUGAAUUACGGUCUUACCCGGUGAAAUUUUUUAAUUUUUAUCGUAUGAGUGUUAAAAGUUUUGAUGAUCUUCUAAAUUUGAUACGACCUUCCAUCACUUAUCAAGAUUCAAAGUGGAGAAAGGCGAUCCCUCCUGAAGAAAGGCUUUCUGUUACCUUAAGGUAA